CGCAAGCCCGGGCUCAAGAGUGUUUGUGAGGCUCAGGUGGCCUGUGGUGUUUGUGGGACCCUUCGGCGCAAGUGGUGUUGGCCCACAUGGCGAUGACCACCCCUGCGGCGAUGUCCGAGGGCUACGAGGACUUUGCUGCGGUGCGCAAGGUGAUCGAGGACAAGCUGCACCAGGAGUACUACAGCGUGACGACGAAGGACCUGCCGCCGCGCAUGCAGCCGCGGCAGGGACCUACUCUGCAGGACGCAGGGAAGGUCGACUGGGACGACUACAAGUCGUGGCCGUGGAUGCAGCCAGGGUGGAAGGGCAUCAAGAUGCACUCCCAGUGCGUCAUCCUCCCGGACGGCUCCGCCGAGGUGCGCAGCGUGUGGAAGUGACGCCCCUGCAGGGGGCGCCCUUCUUCCCCCCGACGCCCCCCGGGCCUCCGCUCGGCAGCCAGGGGCUAUGCUCGGUGCCCUCGGCAAUCGCCUGCUUUCGUCAUGGCUCACCCCCGAGAAUGCCUUUAUUCAUUUGGGACCCUCGGCGCGUGCCAGAUGGCUUUCAUGUCGGUGAUUGCCGGCACAUAAGAGCGAGCUGUACCAGCAACGCAUGCGUGGGCUUUCGCGACCUACAGAGUAUAUCGCUUAGGCUUCUGCGAUUGCGGCGGAACAAAAUUGCGGCUGAGUUCUGUGUAUCGAAGGCGCCUACGGCGAAUCAGCGCUGCCCCGUGCCUUUGUAAACGCCCAUGCGGCCGGACGUUGUGGCCAGAGCUUGGAAAAGCUAUCGGACUAUGUCUUCCUCCCAGCCGUAG